AUGGAUGUGGUCAGGAAACUUGCCGGAUUGGAGGAUUCCUUGACGGAUGAGACCCUGGCUCCAUUGAAGAGUUACAAAUACUCGAGUGUCGAUAAGUCGUAUAUCUCUCGAUAUAUACUCAAACACUAUUGGAAUGCCUUUGUCGAGCUUUUGCCGCUAUGGAUCGCUCCCAACAUGGUCACCCUGCUUGGGUUUGGAUUCAUUGUUGGGAACGUAGUGCUGCUCGAGAUUUACAUGCCUGAUCUCGUAGGCCCGGCCCCCUCAUGGGUAUACUAUAGCUUUGCUAUCGGCAUCUGGAUGUAUUCUACCAUGGACAACGUUGAUGGUAAACAGGCUCGACGCACCGGCACGUCAAGUCCUCUUGGAGAAUUGUUUGACCAUGGAAUUGACUCUUUAAACUGCACAUUAGCAAGUUUACUUGAGGUUGCAGCCAUGGGUCAAGGACCGACCAAAAUCGGGGCCUUUACCAUGCUGAUCCCAUGUCUACCCAUGUUCUUCUCGACCUGGGAGACUUAUCAUACCCACACUCUCUACCUGGGCUACUUCAAUGGCCCUACCGAAGGUCUAAUCAUUGCCACUGCGAUCAUCAUGGCAGCAGGCUAUUACGGACCAGAGAUCUACUCUCGUCCUCUGGCCGACGGUAUCGGAUACGCAGACUUGAUCGGAAACGUCACCUUCCUUGACAUCUGGGUCUUUGUCCUUCUUACCUCUUUCUUCACUGCCCACUUGCCUGAGUGUGUCUAUAACGUGGUCCAGGCACGGAGACGCAAUGGGUUGCCGGUGUUGCCCAUUUUCCUGGAAUGGACUUCCAUCAUCAUCUCAACUAUAUCGGCCAUAUCCUGGGUCUAUUCCCCGUAUUCCUUUAUUCUAAAGGAUAACCAUCUCGUGCUUUUCGCAGUUACCCUAUGCUUCGUCUUUGGGCGUAUGACCACCAAGAUCAUCCUCGCUCAUCUUACAAGACAGCCAUUUCCUUACUGGACUGUCCUGAUCACACCCCUUAUUGGCGGUGCAGUUCUCGUCAACCUCCCUGCGAUCGGGCUACCAGCUGUCGGGGCUACGGUGGAACUUUGGUAUCUGUGGGGUUACCUCGCUUUCGCCUUUGCUGCAUACAUGCACUGGGCUUUAUACGUUAUCGGCCGUAUUACGGCAUUCCUGGACAUCAACUGCUUGACAAUCAAGAAGCGACGCGCAUCCUUGAAUGGGGGUGCUCUUGGGGACGUCACAAACAGUAAGAUGCAAGCGGCAUUCAACAAGCCUGUCAAGUUGAAUUAG